AUGGAUCAACUAAAAGCCGAGCAGCGGCUAACAAUAAUAUAUGUUUUGACAUCCAUUUUUGGGGCUGUAGCCAGCAUUACCUCUGGUAUAGCAUGGGGUCAUUGGAAGCAAACUUUGGACCAGUGCAUAGGAAGAAACUGCAGUUGCAUUUUGUUUGGAGAACACACGCCUUCAAAAUUUUUGGGAGGUAGCAAUGGUUACUGCAUUUGGGUGACUUUUGGGCCACUUUUCCUCGUAUUUUUCUGCGUUGGCUUAACCUGUUUCCAUGGUUACAGGGUGUUAUUUUCGUCAAGAGCGCCUCCGUCAAGGAAAACUAGAUCUGUUGUGGCAAAAUUGGAGCCUGGAGAAAAUGUUUUGAUAACCGCUGUAUCCCAAGAAUCCACGAGCCCUCUGCCAAGAGCUUAUUGGAUUAUAGUGGCCGUAUUUUCUGUGAUUUCCACGAUUUACGCGAUAAUCCAUUUCUCUGUUUUCGUGCAGGGUUUUUAUAAAACUUGCAAUCAAUAUAGAUUGGAACUGGAAAAUAAAUUUCCAGUAGGCGGGUCUGCCUUACCUGUCAUACAUGGGCGUUUGUCAUGCCAGGGCAUAUUCGAUUUCAUGGAUUAUUUUGAGAUGGACAGUGGGAAUGCCUACAGAGGAGGUUUUAUAAAUACUGGUCUCGAUUUAAUUUUGGGUAUAAUUGGUGCUGCUUUCACAUGGAUGCUUUUCCUUCUAGCUUCUUACAUUAAUAUUAAGAUGGUACAAGCUAGUGGACAUGAGGAAUAA